GGCAAAAAUAAAAGAAAAGCAUAUGAAACGAGGGAGCAUAGGGAGUGAGUGUUACUUUGCAAAAAAAAAAAAAAAAAAAAAACGAAAACGAAAAAGAAAAGAGAAAAGCAGAACAAAAAAGCCACACAAAUAAAGAAAAGAGUUUGCAGUUAAACUAUUAGCUAGAUAGCAAGCGAAUGCACAAAAUGUUCUUGUUUUAGUGUUGAUAACAAACAACAAUGACAACAGCAACAGCAGCAGCAACAACAACAACAAAAACAACAACAAAAGCAGCAGCAACCAACAAAAAAAAAAUCAACACGUUCCAACUGCAACCACGAAGACAGCAAGAGCAACAGCAGCAACAACAAUCAAAUCGAUGUGAAAUCAAAUCGUAUUGCAGCGCAAGUGCAACAAAUUGUCAAUAGUUUUCGAUUUGCAAGUGGCUGCAUUAUUUUUCCAUUUUUUUUUGCCCGAAUUCCAGCCUCCCGUUUGUGCCAAUUCACACACACGCAUACGCACAUUUACACAAGCACGCCUACACUUGUGCGCGCUCCUCUUCCUUCUCCUCUUCCUACCUUCCAACACUUCCCUUUCAUUGCCUCUUCCCACCGCCCUUCCUUCCUUCCUCAUCCUCUGUCUUUCUUAUUGUAAGCAAGCAUUCCCACUCAAAUUUCAACUCCGCUUUUGAGCUUUAAGCUCCUCCGCAAACACCCCACCCCAAACCUGCAAAUUAAGCGAUAACAAAUUGAUAAUUGAGUGACAAAAAAUAAGAAGAAUAUUAAGUUGAUAAAGCAACAGAGCCCAGGCGAGAAUCCUUUCAGUGCAUUUAAGAGCGAUGCAGUAUAGGCCACCAUGGGUUCACAAACCUUGGAGAUACUGCGCCAAGGCGUGUGGGCCUCGCUGACCGGCGGCUAUUUCUAUGAUCCGCAUCAGGGCGUAUUUUGCAAUGUUGUCCAUUUAUAUUUAUGGCUCUAUCUGCUUUGUUCGCCCUUUGUUGCCUACCUGUAUUUUCCCAGCACAUGGCUAACUUGGUGUUUGUAUUGCGUGAUAACCAGCUGCACCAUAUUGCUGGUGAAGCUUGCAAAUUUGGCAUUGCAUCGCCUUUACGAUCGUGCCCAAACCAUGUCCGAGGUGAAUCUGAAGAGUCAUUUCUUCAAGGUCACCAAGGAGAUGGAGGCACGCGAGCCGGACGAAGAGAACGGCAUCGAAAUGAAAGUAAUGCGCGCGAUAGCAGGCGACGGAUCACAUUUAUCCAUGGAACAACCAAUCAAUGAAGCCAGCGAGGAGAAUAGCAUCAUGUCUAUAGACAAUGCCAAUAGCAUUAUAGAUCUCAAAGUUGAUGUGCAUCGCAAGAAUAGCUCCGAGUCCAUUGAGUUAAUGUUUUAUGCACCAUCUAUGCUAUCUGGUGGCAGUCAACAGGAUCAGCAGUCGCUUGCAGGCUCCACUAGCGUUACCAAAUCCAUCAGAUCAGCAGCUGCAACGAAUCCUGGCUAUGCCAGUGAUUUAUAUAGCAAAUACCUUACUGUGUAUCCCGAGCUUGUGGAGUUUGUGGUGCCUGCCAAUGCGGACGAUAACGAGGAGCCAGCUGCGGGUGGAGGAACACCUGCAACUACAGCAGCAGGUGCAACAACAUCAGCUGGAGCAACUGCGGGAACUGGGUCAGGAACAGUAGCUGUAGCUGGAGCAGGUCGCACAGGACGUCAUUUGUUUAGUCGUCGACAUCGACGUCAGCUGGAGCGACAGGCGAGCCUAGAUGCUAGCAGUGCUCUAGAUGAUAUGCUAAACACGGAGCUGAUGCGCAAUCAAUCCGAUACAAUAGCAACAACAAGAUCAGCAGCAACAUCAGCAGCAGCCGCUGCAGCUGCGGCAUCGCCAAGCUUUUUACAUACGAAAGCAAUGAGGCCUGGUCAUAAUUCUCGUCAGCUUUUCAUGGUUAGCCCAGCAGGAGGAGCUUCAGCGACAACGGCAGCGGGAAGUGGCGCCGGAACUGGAGCUGGAACUGGAGCUGCCACUAGCAAUGAUGGGUGCUCUGCAUCGUCUUCCUCAUCGGUGUUGCUUGUCCAACAGCCACAAACACGUUCCUUGCGAUUGCAGCGACAUCGCAGCUCUGAAACACACGAAGAGCGACUGAAGCAUCAAAGCCGCAUUGGAUUAUUUCAGUCGAUGCAGCAAACAUUGCUGCAACAUCAGCAGCAACAUUUCCAACAGCAACAACAGAAGCAACUGCUCAAGCAACAGCAGCAGCAGCAGCAGCAGCAACAGCAAUCAAAUGUCGAUGUUGAUGAUAUGGAGCUGGCAUUGGCGCUGAGUCGCAUAUCCAACAACGAUAGCAACAAUCGAACGUUGCCCAAUUGGAUAUUGGAUUCCUCUUCGGAUGUUUACUUGGAGGACGACAGCUAUACCAAAUCAGAUUUGGGCAUUGAGCAGCAAUCGUUGCACCAGGCAACAUUUCGUGCCCAGCAGCCGCAUUUGCAUCACCAUCAUCAUCAUCAUCACCACCAUCAUCAUCAGCAGCUGCACAAUCACCAUUUGGUGCGCAAGGAUCGAAAUAGCACAAUGUCGGCACUGCAGCUCUGCAAUUCGAAUCAAUUGGCGGAAACGAAUCGUUCGGCGAAUGCAAUGAAGCGGCGUAGACAUUCCAAUGCGACAAGCUAUCAAAAGCAGAGCAGCAAUCCCAACUCUAGCUCCAAGACCACAUUGUUGAAUUCCUCGUCGAACAAUCAAGGUGGCGGCGGGGGUGUGCGUCGCAUUAAGAGCGCCGCCUUGGAGGUUCUCUGUACGCAGCCAUCAGUCUCGAAUUUAAGUCCGCAUCCGAAUAGCGUGGAGGCGAUUAGCGGGCAGCAGCAGUUGCGAAAUCCGUUGCCGCCGCCCAGCAAAAGUCUUGUGCGCAAUCAACAUUUGAAUCUAAGACUAGACCAGCACUAUGCAGAGAGUGCAACUGCCGGACCUGGAGCCAUUGGCAGCUGCAGCAGCGUCAUCUUCGGCAGCUCUAGCGCCUGUGGCUCAACCACAGCCCUAAUCGAACCACCUGUUUAUCCUAUUGUCGAGCAUCUGGAUGAGAAAAUCAACGAUGAGCCAAAGCUGCAAGUGGACUACGAUGACGACGAUGUGGAAGAGGAAGUGGAUGAGGAUGACACUGAUCACCAACUGGAUGUUGAUGAUGAUGAAGUGGAUGAUGUACCCUUGAGACGUCGCACACGUGCCUUGGGCUGCAGUCAAACGCAUCGCAGUGCCGAAUCCGAUGUUGGCGGCAUUUUAGCUGACGAUGAUGAUGAUGUCUUCAAGGAUUUUGACGACAAUCUGGAGCACAUACUUAGUGAACUGCAGCAGACGCAAAGCCAGCUAGACGAUGUGCUCAAGAGCUGCGAACUGAAUGGAGGACGAGGAGCUGCAGGAGGAGGAGUAGCCGCAACAGCAGCAACAAUUAUUGGGAAUUCAUCAGCCGCAGCAGCAGCAGCAGCAGCAGCAACUGUUGCAGCUAUGCCAUCGGAUGACGAGGAGACAGACAACAAUACGGGCUCACGUUCACCUUUGCUCAGCAAUCGACAGCAACAACUCAGUGCACGGGAGCAAGCCGCCGAGCAGGCGUUACGCCAAGAACUCACCCAGCCAAAGAAGCUCCAACAACAGCAACAGCAGCCAUUGGAGAUCCGCAGUCAGCUGAUAGGCAGCGAAGCCGACUCUGGCUGUCCGUCCAGCGAUUGUGAGCAUGUAAGCGCCAGUUCCAAGGAUCAGUUGUUGCUGCAGGAACACGAACCCGACCGGCAUCAGGAUCACGAACUGGACGAGGAACAGCCCUGCACUUCACGCAUGGCUGCACGCAGUCUGGGCGCCAUACCAAAGGUGGCCAAGUACCGUGAAGUAGAUGAGCUGCGUCGCCGGAUGGCUCUAGCUGGUGGCGACUGCUCCAACAGCAGCAACGAAUUGGCCUUGGUGAAGCAGCAGCAAAAGCUGGCCAUGCUGCCAGCAUGCUCCCGCAAUUCCUCAUCCUCGAACUCGACGCACAGCAUCAGCUUGACAGAGAGCCUCACGGCCGACAUACAUAAGAUGCUGUGGCUGAUGCAUGGCGGCGCUGUGGACGAGCGUGGCCGCCCCAUAGCCGGCAUCCUGCCCGACGGCACCACAGUGCCAGCGAAUCCCACAAUUGUGCCACCAAAUAUGUCCAGUGCGCAUUUUCAGUUCUAUCAGGAUGCCAUACAGGCACUGCAGGGUAGCUAUCCCGCCUCCAUGGAUGCGAAGCUAGUCUGCGAGCAGCUAGCAGCAGCAGCCGCUGCUGCGGAGGCGCACAAUGCAGCGAACGCACAGACAGCGCCGCCAGCCUCGUUAAUUAGCUGCAGGAUGAUGAACAGCAGCGGGAGUCGAGGAAGCGGAACCACAGUAGCUGGCGGAGGCGGAGCUGUAGCUGCAGGAGGCACGGCAGCAAAUGCAACACGUCCUUCAUUUCAAGGCAUGCUCAACAUGAUGCAAGUUGCGCGCCAGGAAGCGCUGCAGCAGCAGCUCAACGAAGUUGCAGCCGCAGCUGCGAAUGCCAAUGUCAGCGACUCUGCUGUGCGCCAGCAAUCAAAUCAACAGCAGCAGCAACAGCAGCAGCAGCAACAUCAACAACAGCAGCAGCAGCAGCAACAACAGCAACAACAGCAGCAGCAACAGCAACAGCAACAGCAGCAGCAGCAGCUCAGCCAACCAAUGCUACACGUGGAUGGGCAUUUUGCGCCCUAUUGCGACUAUUGGCGUCCACCUACCUGCCUGCUCUCUGCCGAGAAGCCGCUGGCGCCCAAGAGCUUCUAUAAGUAUCGCUUCAAGUGGUGCGGGCAGGAGCAUGAGUUUAAGAUAGCCAUGGAUCGCUUGGAGCUGCUCGCGCUGUUCGAUCGCGAUCUGCAUUGGCUGCACGUGCUCCUGGCCUGCGUCCUGUGCACCUUGGUCGCCUGCCUGGGCGCUGCGAUACUUCAGCAUAAUUACUACAAGGAUCUAUGCGUCCUGCUCUUCUGUUCGGUUAUAGCCGGCGCCCAAUAUUCGCUGGUGAAGAGCGUCCAGCCGGAUGCCGCAUCGCCCGUGCAUGGCUUCAACAAAAUUGUCGCCUACUCGCGCGCCAUUUACUUCUGCUUAUGCGGCGGCCUGUUGCUGCUGCUGAAGCACUUGGAUACGGCAUAUGGCGAGAGGCCGCCGGAGGCGUUCGUCUUCUUUGGCAUACAGUACUCACCGGCGCACGUGGUUGCCAUGCUGCUGCAGUGCCUCUAUGUACUGCUCCUCUGCUUUCCCAUCAUGUUCUCGGUGGGCUUGUGUCCGCAGUUCAAUACGUUUCUCAUGUACCUGCUCGAGCAGCUCGACAUGCAUCUCUUUGGAGGCAACGCAGCGAGCAGUCUACUAGGCUCUUUCCUCUGCCUGCUGCGCUCUGUCCUGGCUGUUCUGCUGCUAUAUGGUCCGCUGUAUGCUGCCCUGGAUGAGCAUCGUGGCACUCAGUACAUCUUGUUUUCCAUAUUUUGUGCUAUGCUGAUACCUUUGGGCUACCACAUGUCCAGGUCCGCGAGCGACUUUAGCCAUUUGUGGCGCAUCAUCAAGACGUGCAUUGUGAGCAGCUAUCGCGAUGAUGAGGACGAGUGCAGGCAGCACUCGCACAGGAGUCGCAAUCAGGUGGGCCAGCUCAGCGAGCAGGAGCACAGGGAGCAGCAGCAGCAGCAGCUGAGUAAACGUCAGUCGACGGAGCCCAGCUCCACAGCGCAGCCAACGCCGCUGGCACAGCGUGCAGCUAAGCAAACGGAGCUAAAUUCCCGGUCCAAUAGCAACGAGCACAUCGAACUGAGCUCGCUGGAGAAGCACGAGCAGCAGCCAGAGCAAGAGCAGGAGACGGAGCAGGAGCAGGAACACGAGCAGGAACUGCAGUUGGAGCAGCUGCAUAGCAAAUCGAAAGCUUCCUCCCUGGGCAGCAGUCAAACGCUGGCCAAGAGCAAUAAACGCGGCCUAACAGCCUCCAGUUCCUUUGCUUCGAUAGCCGUUGGCCACGAUGCAAGUGGAGCAGGGGCAGCUGCAGCAGCUGCAAACAUAGCUGGAACUGUUGCAGCAGCUGCUGUCAAGACGGCACGCAGCGCCGAGAAUCUUUAUGCAGCAACCAUAACGGAGUCCAAGUCGCCCACUGAGGACACACAAGAUGACAAGAUCUCCAGUUCAUCGACCACAAAUCCCGGGGAUAUGUCCACUCUGACAGCCGGCGCUAAUACAGCCAAUACGGACAUAGACGCCACAGACGCGCUCGACCCAGAGCCGGGACUCGGCAAUCAGCAAGCGGCGCUCGAGCUGGACGCCAAUGAGCUGGAGAACGAGCUGCCGGAUCCAUUGCCACGCAAACUUCAGGCGACGGUCACAACUCGCUUGAAGAACGAUUUCGUUGUGAUGACCCUGUUGGCUGUCUCUGUCCUGGUGCUGCACUGCAGCACAGUGUUCACCGUGCUCCAGCCAGAUCUCAAUGUGGUGCUCUACGUCUUCAUCGGCACCCUAGGCGUGCUGCUCCACUAUGCGGUGCCGCAGAUGCGCAAGCACAUGCCCUGGCUCUGCUUCGCUCGGCCGUUGCUCCGGCAAAAGGAGUUCGGACAGUUCGAAGUGCUGAACGCCCCGCAGAUCAUGUGGUUCGAGAAGCUCUACAUCUACCUGAGUGUGCUCGAGCGCAAUGUGCUGUUCCCUCUAUUGGCCAUCUCAUCGCUGACAGCGGACGCGCAAUCGAUUACGGACAAGUUCGGCGUUCCAUGGGGCACGCUCAUCGUGGCUGUCUGUGCGCUCAAAUUUGUUCGCAAUGCCUACUCGGAUCCGACCAACCAAUAUCUGAUCAUUAUAUUCACCGUUCUGCUCUUUCGAAUUGACUUUGCGAUGGCAACGGAGAGUUUUAUCAUCGACUACUUCUUCGUAUCGCUCGCGUUUCGCAAGUGUUGCGACUUUUUGCUCAAGUUGCAGUUCAUCGUCACGUACAUCGCGCCCUGGCAGAUAACGUGGGGAUCGGCGUUCCAUGCGUUCGCUCAGCCUUUCAGUGUGCCCCAUUCGGCGAUGCUGUUUCUGCAGGCGGGCAUCUCGGCGCUGCUGUCGACGCCGCUGAAUCCUUUCCUCGGCAGCGCCAUCUUUCUGACCUCGUAUGUGCGUCCGGUGAAGUUCUGGGAGCGGGACUACAACACGCGUCGCAUCGAUCACUCCAACACCAGACUCAGUUCACAGCUGGAACGAGACUUGGGCGCCGACGACAACAACUUGAACAGCAUCUUCUACGAGCAUCUGACGCGAUCCCUGCAGCAUUCGCUCUGCGGUGACCUUCUAAUGGGUCGCUGGGGCAAUGUCAAUCAAGGCGAUUGUUUCGUUCUCGCCUCGGACGAUUUGAACUGCUUGGUGCACAUCAUUGAGCUGGGCAACGGGCUGUGCACCUUUCAGAUGCGUGGCUUGGAGUUUCGUGGCACCUAUUGCCAGCAGCGCGAAGUGGAGGCCAUCACAGAGGACGUGGAGGACAAUGAUGGCUGCUGCUGCUGCGAUCCAGGCCACUUGCCCCGUCUGCUCAGCGCGAAUGCCAUGUUCUCCACGCGUUGGCUCGCCUGGCAGGUGGUCGCCGCCCAAUAUGUCAUCGAGGGGUAUUCCAUUUCUGACAAUCUGGCCAGUGCCACCUUGCAGGUGUUCGAGUACCGCAAGGUGCUCAUCACCUACUACAUCAAGAGCAUCAUCUAUUACGUGGUGCGCAAUCCGAAGCUGGAGCAGUGGCUUGCUGCUGGGCCCAUUCAGGAUGCACUGCAGCACACGCUGAGCCGGCAAUUCGUUGAUCUCGAUCCCAUAUUCAAUUUCAAUUUGGAUGAAGACUUCGACUUUCGCGCCGUGGGCAUAACGCGCUCCAGCUUUUGUUAUGUGUAUCUGAAAUGGAUCAACUACUGCGUGGACAAGCGCAAGGAGGUGCACACUGCCAAGGAGUCGCCAGCUGCAGCUCCGACUGUAAUCGCCACUGCUCCAACAGCCACAGCUGCAGCUGCAGCUACAGCCACAGCCACAGCCACAGCCACAGCGACGGCUGCUGCUACAGCUACAGCUGCAGCAACAUCCGUUACCUCUGCCUCCGUCUCCGCCUCGGCGCCAGCCUCAGCUGCCGUCAUUGCGCCAGCAUCGACCAGCGGCUCGAGCACGACAACUGCUCCAACUGUCCCAGCUGCCGUGCCCAUUGGCCAGCUGGGCAGCAAUCAGGUUUCAGCGAACAAUACGCCCGCCCACAACGAUUCGAAGAGCACGCCGAAUCUGUCAGCGCACAACGCCUCGAGCACACCACAAUCGAAGUCUCAGUCGCAGCAGCAGCUGCGCAGCGUGCGGCCGCAGAAGAGCGCCACAAUGAGCGCUACUCCUGGCGUGGUCCAGGAGAGCCGAGAUGUGCUCGCCGGCCUAGAUCAGCUGAGCAGCUCGCACAGCUUUGCGAACAUCUCGCGGCAGACGUCGGAGAGUGCACCCGGCCUGAGUGGCUAUGUCGCCUACAUGGAUCAGAACGUCUUUGUCAAGCUGGCCAAGACCACGCCGGGCAAGAAGGACUCGCCACGGCUGCAGCAGCCGGUCGGCGCUGCCGCUGCAGCUGCUGCAGCAAUGGCCCAGCAGGAUGGCAACUUGACCACGAUAUUGCCAAGCACAGCUCCACCGAUACCGCCGCAACGACCCGCCAUCAAGCUGAAAGCGCCCAGCGUCUCAAAGGAUGCGCCGUUGGUGUCGCUUUGCCUGGCUCUGGGUCUGCUGGCGCGCCGCUCACUGGCCACGGCAUCGCAUAGUUCGCUAACGGGCGUGGAGUUCUUUCUGCACGGCUUGCACGCCCUGUUCAAGGGCGACUUUCGCAUCACCUCGCCACGGGACGAGUGGGUCUUUGCUGACAUGGAGCUGCUCCAUUCGGUGGUGGCGCCCGCUGUCAAAAUGGCCUUGAAGCUGCAACAGGAUCACAUAACGAAUCCCGAUGAAUUCCUCGAUCCGCUCGCCUUGUACGAGGCUAUCGACAGCUGCUCCAAGGAGCUGGUCAUCUCGCACGAGGCAGAUCCGCAGUGGCGCAGCGCUGUCCUACGCGGCGCACCCAAUUUGCUGGCCCUGCGCCAUGUCAUGGAGGACGGCUCCGACGAGUACCGCAUCAUAAGGCUGACGAAACGGUUUCUUAGCUUUCGUGUCAUCAAAUUGAAUAGGGAAUGCGUGCGUGGCCUCUGGGCCGGACAACAGCAGGAGCUGAUCUAUCUGAGGAAUCGCAAUCCGGAGCGAGGCAGCAUACAGAAUGCUAAACAGGCGCUGCGGAACAUCAUCAAUUCCAGCUGCGAUCAGCCCAUCGGCUAUCCGAUCUAUGUUUCCCCCUUGACCACUUCGUAUGCGGACACCAAUGCCCAGCUGUGCCAGGUGAUUGGCGGCGCCAUAACAUUGGACACGAUCCGGCAAACGGUGCUCGAUUGGUGGCAUCGCAUCAGGGAACGUUGUCGCCAGGGCUGCAGCUCGGGAUCGGCCAUGGAGGCAUCUAUGCAACAGUUGGGCAAUUGCAACUUUGGCAGCGGUGGCAGUGUCGUCGGCUCCACAGCCGGAUCGGCCAGUGCUGGAGCAGGCACAGUAGCUGGAGUGGGCGCUGGUACUGCAGCGGCAGCAGCAGUCGGUGCUGGCGCUGGAGCAGCCAUCGCUUCAGCCAGCGCACCUGGCACUGCUAGCAGCACAGGCGGUGACUCAACAGAUCUGGCCCCGGUCUUCAUCUCACCUCCAUUGUACAAUACGCUCACGGUCAAUAGCUAUUACGGCGUGCGCUCGAGCAAUGUUUCCGGCUUGGCUGGCAGCUACGUGGGCGACACUCUGGCCGUUGUGCGGGGCGGCCUGGCUGUGAUGCCUGUGAAGCCAACAUCGACCACGCUCAUCGCUGGACUGCUGAACCGUGAAAGGGAACUGGAUGGAACGGCCUCCACGUCGGCGCCGGGCUCCACGCUGCGCGCCAGCAGCAGCGCCAGUAGCGCUGCUGGCGUCAGUGGACAACGUGCCCGGAGUGGCAUCAGUCUCCAGAGCAGCGCUCGUCGCGCUACUCUGCCCAUUGCCAGCGGCGCUGCUGUGGACGUUGAGGUGCUGCCGCCAGCGCAUGCAACACAUCUGGAGCUGACCGAACAGGAAAUCAGUCCGCGCUCCAACAAGCUCUCCUCCUCCUCCACGGGCAGCUUGGGCGUUGGCAUGGGCGUCGGCAACAUCAUAACCACGCCCGGCGACUAUCCACGCAAGACCAAGGGACCCAUCUGCCUUAUGUCCAAUGAAUCCUCAACAGCCAGCACGAGUGCAGCUGCGGCCGGCUCUGGCGCUGCAGCGGGCGCAGCUGGAGCAGCUGGAGCAGCACAGCUAACGCCGCGCAAGCCGCGCAUCGAGAUCUACCGAAAGGUCAUCAUUGUGGACGAUUCGGGGAUCUAUGACUGCCUGGAUAUUAUAGACGCCGUUGUAUGGCCCACCGAUCAUAUGCGCGCGAAUGGCGGUCGUCUUAGCUGGAAGGAUUGGGAGCCGAGCACCGGCAUGGUGGGCCACGUGGUCCAUGUCUGGGUGCCCAAUCAUAAGGAGGAGCUGUUUCGCUCCCAUGUCAAUCGCUGCGUCUACCUGAUCGAGAUCGGGGAGCACUAUGUGCCAGUGGAGGAGUUGGGCUUGCGUGAAUAUAAUCAAAUCUUGGGCAGCAGCAGCGAGGAGGUGGCCACGUCCAGGCGCAGUUCCGUCCAGCUGGAUUUCAAUGAGUACUCGCGGCAGGUGAUGCUGGCCAGGCAAACGACAGCGCCAACGACGACUUCAUCAUCGUCGUCCAACAAGCUCCAACACAAGCCCCAAAUUCGAGCUGUCAGCAGCAGCAGCAGCGAGGAUGAGGAUGAGAUUAUGGUGGACAAUGGCACAACCGCUGCAGGUGGAUCGACAGCUGCAGCUGGUGGUGAUGCCUUGGCCCUCCCACCUGGCGUCAAUUUCAGUACGCUGCUCAACAUGUGGAAACUGAUUGCGGACAAGAAGAAGCAGGCGAUCAAUAUAGACACGACGGAACCAUUUGCUGCCAUCGAUUACACGGGUGAGCUGCCGCCGGAGCUGAUGCGACAGCUGGAGGAGAGUCGCAUGGCCAAGCAGCAGCUGCUCGAAGAGCAACAGGAAGAGGAACUGCGCAAGCACCUGCAAGAGCUGGAGGAUGAGGCGAAUGCCUUGGCUGCCGAACAGGCGCUGCAUCCCGUUACGAUAGAGACGCCGCCAUCUAAUGAUGAAGAGCUAUCGUUGGAGGUGAGCGGAACGCCGACGCCAAUGAGCACAGGCUCAGCAACGACGCCAACGCCGCCAGUGGAGAAAGAGCUAGAGCAGGAGCUAGAGUUGGAGCAGGCGCAGGAGCAACAGGAGGAGAGGCAGCUAGAGCAAAAGAAAGAGCAGGAGGAAGGAAAUAUAGCAGAGCAGCCAGCUACAGAUGAUCAGUCAUCGAAGCUAGAUCAAGCUGAGCCUGAGGAGCAGCCAGCCAUGGUCAGCGAGCAGCUGAAAGGAGGAGAAGGUCAUGGAGCUGCGUGCUAAAGAAGUGCAGCGCGGAAGAGCAGCAGCAGGAGAAGCAGAAGAUAGGUGAAGAGGAGAGAGGAGGAGGCAUAGAAGAAGGAGAAGGAGGAGACAAUAUCAGAGCAGAAGGAUUAGACGAAAAGGCAGAGCAACAUCAGGAACUGCACUUGGCCAGCGAGUAGUCUAAAGCGCAAACAGACAGAGACAACAACACACACAUACACUUACACAACAUAUAUAUAUGUGUGUGUGU